AUGAACACGAUCAAGAACGUGCCGGCGCGGGUCCUGAGCCGCAGGCCGGGCCACAGCUUGGAGGCGGAGCGGGAGCAGUUCGACAAGACACAGGCGAUCAGCAUAAGCAAAGCCAUCAACACCCAGGAAGCUCCAGUGAAGGAAAAGCAUGCUCGCCGUAUCAUUCUGGGCACCCACCACGAGAAGGGCGCCUUCACCUUUUGGUCCUAUGCUAUCGGCCUGCCCCUUCCCAGCAGCUCCAUCCUCAGCUGGAAGUUCUGCCAUGUUCUGCACAAGGUCCUUCGAGACGGACACCCCAAUGUCCUCCACGAUUGCCAAAGGUAUCGGAGCAACAUCCGGGAGAUCGGAGAUCUGUGGGGCCACCUCCAUGACCGCUAUGGACACCUGGUGACUAUUUAUACCAAACUUCUGCUGACUAAGAUCUCCUUCCAUCUCAAGCAUCCACAAUUCCCCCCAGGCCUGGAGGUGACCGAUGAGGUGCUGGAAAAGGCAGCUGGAACAGAUGUCAACAACAUCUUCCAGCUCACUGUGGAGAUGUUUGAUUAUAUGGACUGUGAGCUGAAACUCUCCGAAUCAGUGUUCCGACAGCUCAACACAGCCAUUGCCGUGUCUCAGAUGGCAUCGGGCCAGUGCCGCCUGGCCCCGCUCAUCCAAGUGAUCCAGGACUGCAGCCACCUCUACCAUUACACGGUCAAGCUCAUGUUCAAACUGCACUCCUGUCUGCCCGCCGACACACUACAGGGUCACAGGGAUCGUUUCCAUGAGCAGUUUCACAGCCUCAGAAACUUCUUCCGAAGGGCCUCAGACAUGCUUUACUUCAAACGCCUCAUCCAGAUUCCUCGGCUGCCAGAGGGGCCUCCCAACUUUCUGCGGGCCUCGGCUCUGGCCGAGCACAUCAAACCAGUGGUUGUGAUCCCCGAUGAAGCCCCUGAGGAUGAGGAACCAGAAAAUCUCAUUGAGAUCAGUUCUGGCCCCCCAGCUGGAGAACCCCCGGUGGUGGCUGACCUCUUCGAGCAGACAUUUGGACCACCCAAUGGCACAGUGAAGGAUGAUAGGGACCUCCAGAUUGAAAACCUUAAGAGGGAGGUCGAGAUGCUCCGGGCUGAACUUGACAAGAUCAAGCUGGAGGCCCAGAGGUACAUCACGCAGCUGAAGGGCCAGGUGAACGGGCUGGAGGCCGAGCUGGAGGAGCAGCGGAAGCAGAAGCAGAAGGCUCUGGUGGACAACGAGCAGCUGAGGGACGAGCUGGAGCAACUGAGGAAGGCCCGAGUGGAGCAGGAGAAGGCCCAGGGCCUCUACCAGGAGGCUGAGAAGAAGGCCAGCGCCACGGAGGCCCGCUACAACAAGCUGAAGGAGAAACACAGUGAGCUUAUCAACACCCACGCUGAGCUCCUCAGAAAGAACGCAGAUACGGCCAAGCAGCUGACCGUGACCCAGCAGAGCCAGGAGGAGGUGGCCCGGGUGAAGGAACAGCUGGCCUUCCAGAUGGAGCAGGUGAAGCGUGAGUCGGAGAUGAAGCUCGAGGACCAGAGUUACCAGCUGGAGAAACUGAAGAGAGAGCUGGAGGCCAAAGCAGGAGAGCUGGUCCGAGUUCAGGAGACGCUGAGCCACAAGGAGCAGAGUGGUUCCGAGCUGAGCUCCAAGCUGGAUGCCCUGCACUUGGAAAAGGAGUCUCUGAGCAGCACCAUGAGGCAGCGGGAAGCCGAGCUACAGUCGGCCCAGAGCCUGGUGCAGGAGAAGGAGGCGGCCUUGAGCCGGGAGCAAGAGCGGAGCAGCCGUGAGAUUGAAGAACUGCAGGGGAAGCUGGCAGAGAAGGAUGCCCAGCACCAGGGCCUGCAGCAGAGACUCCUGGACGAGCAGCUGUCCGUGCUCCAGGGCGCUGUGACAGAGGCCGAGAACACCCUGCGGGAUGCUGUGAACAAGCUGGAUGACCCCCUGCACCUGCGCUGUACCAGCUCUCCAGAUUACCUGGUGAGCCGGGCCCAGGCUGCCCUGGAUGCCGUGAGUGCCCUGGAGAAGGGGCAGAUGAAGUACGCGGCCUCCAUGACCGGUGAGUGCCGGUGAGACGGCCGUGUUCUCGGGCUCUGGGACGCUCACUUCGGGGGUGACACCGAUUAGUCAGCAAACAUUUAUUAAGCACCUGCUGUGUACGCACAGCCCCUGUGCCAAGUACUGGGAAUGGCACAAGAGGCAAAAGAGUCCUCAUUCUCGAGGAGCUUCCAGUCUCAUAAAGACCAGUGUACGGGCUGAGGGGCGCCAGGAGGCCUUGAGCAGGGGGAGGGGGCCACUGAUCAAUAAGCGUUUUUUAAGUGCCCGCCAAGCCUGGAGUAUCGGGUUUUGCGCUGGAGAUACAAAAACAGAAGCAAAACAGUCCCUGCCGUCCCGUGUACCUGCUCUGGGACGUCCGAAAGACAGAGUGAUGCUGAGUCAUCUUGGGGAGGGAGGGAGCAUUUCUAUAGUGUCUGCUCUCAGCCAAGCCCUGUGCAAAUAUUAUCUCAAAAACAUAUAUCUGGAGGGACCAGAAGAGGACCUUCUGCACAAGGCACUGUCCUAGGCACUGGGGGUACAAAGAGAAAAAUGAAACAGUUCCUGCCCUCAAAGGGCUUACAUUCUCCCAGACCUCCAAAGGGACUUUCAGAUCUCUGUUCUCUUCCUAACCCCAGAGACCUAAAAUUACAGGUUCCCUUGGGGGGAGGGAAAUAAAGGCCCCAAAUAUCUCCAUCCCUCUAACUCCUUCCAGAAAUGUCCAGGCCAGCUAUCUGGGCUAGAGGGGAAAAGCAAACAAAUUCUACUUUGGGAACUUUAUCUUACCCCUUCACUUCUCUGUCUGCCUCUGUCUCUCUCUUCUACUUUUUCUUCUCCCCUCUCUGUCUCUCUCUGUC